UAAAGGCAAAAACAUAAAUUCAAACGAUGCUUGGCUUAGAUAGAGGUUAUAUAUGGGGUGUAUUGCCACUCAUUGGUUUUGCAAUUGGGCACUUUUUAGAUAAAAAAGAAACUGAGCGCAUGACCAUGUUCAGGGAUAAAAGUGCUUUGUACGGUCGUGCUGAAGUGCUCGUGUUUCUUCCUUUUGAUCUGUAUACGUUUUGCAUUAAUUCAGGCAACUCUGAUCUUGUACGUGUUAGCAGCUAUUCUUUCAUCCGGCUGGCAGAUUGAAAGAAGAUUGAUUAAAAUAUAAUAAACAUAUUGAGAAACGAACAAUUGAAAAAUAGUAAAUGAAAUACGAAUAAAUAUUGUGAAA